CAAGCCCAACCUAAAGGCUGGCAGGCACCGUCUUACCUUACAUUACCCGGCAAAAACCUGCGCAGAUUAGUCAAAAGGGUAUCUGACCGUGAAAUUCGCCCUUCUGACGGCUGGCCAAAUGCGUUCACAGGCGUCACUCCCUUGUGCACGUUACCUUCCAAUGUUACCCUUUUUUUAAUCCAAAAUUAUUAUUAAUUAUAUUUAUUUGUUUUUUAAAAGAAACUGAAAAUGUGAAGCAAUGGCGCUACUUCUAAGAAGCUUCCAAGUGCUGGCCAAUAUAUUCUCAUAGUCCAAUCUUUGAUCUUUCCUUCCUUGAUUUAUAAAGCCACUCUUCGCUCCAACUAUCUUUCAUUUUACAAUUUAGGCAAAUUCCAAGGAACACCGAAACCGUUCUCUCUCUUUCUCUCUCCAUUGCAGGAUUUCCUUCAAAUCUCCUCUAGAUCCGUAGAUUCUCCUCCAUCAACAUAGUGUUUGGUUCAAUUUGUGCAAAUCUUUGAUUGUAGUAUCACAAGAUUUGGAUAUAUUAUCCUACAAUCUCUAGCAUACUCAGUGAUGCGACAUCUCCACAAAAAUUGACUGAGAUGGGGCCAAUAGAGGAGAAGUUAGACCUUGAAUCUGAUGAGGACAUCUCUUUUGGGUCAUCAACGGUCGGGGGGAAAGUACAUUCUUUUGAUUUUGAGACAACCAAUGUGGGCUCUCAUGCAGAUGUGGUCAAUUCAUGGGCUUUUAAGCGAAUACGAAUGUGCCCUCUUAGGAGUGUUUAUAUCGUCUUAAUUAAAGCAAAGAUUAACUUGCUGCUGCCUUUUGGUCCCUCAGCAAUUUUUCUACAUUAUUUUACUAGUAAGCAUGGAUGGAUCUUUUUCCUGAGUUUACUGGGCAUCAUUCCUUUGGCAGAACGUCUAGGUUACACAACUGAGCAGCUUGCGUUCUACACAGGACCAACAGUUGGUGGUCUUCUAAAUGCCACAUUUGGAAAUGCAACGGAAAUGAUAAUAUCGAUUUAUGCAUUGAAGAGUGGGAUGAUAAGAGUUGUUCAACAAUCUUUGCUAGGUUCCAUCUUGUCAAAUAUGCUUUUGGUGCUUGGAUGUUCUUUCUUCACUGGUGGGAUUGUUAAUCACAGUAAGGUUCAGGUUUUUAAUAAGGCAGCUGCUGUAGUGAAUUCUGGAUUGCUUUUGAUGGCUGUAAUGGGGAUUAUGUUUCCAGCUGUGCUUCAUUCAACACGCACAGAGAUUCAUUUUGGAAAGUCAGAGUUAUAUCUUUCAAGAUUUAGUAGCUGCAUAAUGCUAGUAGCAUAUGGAAGCUACCUCUUCUUUCAACUCAGAAGUCAACAUAAUCUUUACAGCUCUGUUGAUGAGCAUAGGGAUGAUGAACAAGAAUGUUCUGAUGAAGAAGAGGCACCAGAAAUAACUUAUUGGGAAGCAAUUGGGUGGCUUGCAAUUUUAACUUCAUGGAUUUCUGUAUUGUCUGGAUACCUUGUUGAUGCAAUCCAGGGAGCAUCUGACUCAUUGAACAUGCCUGUGGCUUUUAUUAGCGUGAUCCUGCUUCCAAUUGUAGGAAAUGCUGCAGAGCAUGCAAGUGCAAUCAUGUUUGCCAUGAAGGAUAAGCUCGAUAUUUCACUUGGAGUUGCAAUUGGAUCUUGCACACAAAUAUCAAUGUUUGUGAUCCCCUUUUGUGUGGUUGUGGGGUGGCUAAUGGGACAACCUAUGGACUUGAAUUUUCAACUCUUUGAAACAGCAACUCUCUUUAUCACAGUGCUAGUUGUGGCAUUCAUGUUGCAGAAGUAUUAAUCUGAGGAAGAUAGGGACCAGACAUUGAGUCUUUACAAGUAGCGGGUAAUCAAGUUGUCUGGCUUUAAUUUGAAGGCAUGUGUUACUGGUGCAUGAUUUUGUGAUUUCUCCAUCUCUCUUCUUGAUUGUAGUGCUUUUUCUUUUUCUUUAUUUAGUUGCCUUAAGAUAAACAUAUUUCAUUAAUUCGCCAUGAAGUUAAAGCUCAGGAGCAAAUCUAUUAAACACAUAUUCAUUGUGUAGAACUUAAGGCUAUGUUUAAUAUUAUGUGACAACUGAGAAAAAAAUGUAAUGUUAUGGUAAAUUACAUUGCAAAGUUGAUUACUUUGUUUGGUAAUACAAAAUAACUUUGUAAUGUAUUGAUAAUUACUUAAUAUAAUCAAUUGCAGUUUUAAAUAAUGUAAUGAUUAUUACAUAUACAAAUGGAUAUGAUCAUGAUUGCUUGUUUUGAUUUAUUUCAUUUAUUGUUAACCACCACUACUAUUGUCACUGCCACCCCCACCUCUACUAUUACCUCCUAGCUACUAUUGUCACCAAUUAUCACAGUAACUAUCACUAAUUAUUACUGUUGAAUCCC